AGGAGGCGUGGUUUGCAGGGAGGUAUACGGAGAGGCCAUUGUGGUGGGCCAGAGCUGGCCGAGAGAGAAGGACGCGGCCAUGGCGUACAGCGGCCUUGCGGUGCCCAUCACGGUCAUGACGGUGUUCUGGGGGGUGGUCGGUGGGGUCCUCCCGUGGCUCGUGCCUAAAGGGCCUAACAGAGGUAUUAUCAACACAAUGCUUGUGACGUGUUCUGUUUGCUGCUACCUCUUUUGGUUGAUUGCAAUCCUGGCUCAGCUCAACCCUCUAUUUGGACCACAGCUAAACCAUGACGUGAUCUGGUAUCUCAACUAUCACUGGCACUGACAGUCUGCUUCUUCUACAGUGGGCUCUGAAUCUGUAAUGCUCCAAUGAUCCAAAGGUGCCUUUAAUGUACACUGAACCAUCCAAGACUACUUUAAUGCCUUACUACUUAAUCUGUUCCAAAGAAACCUGCUUAAAGCACCUCCUGUUUUUUACAUCUCUGAAAGUGCCUGUCAAAUACUAUGUACCUCUUCAGUAUACUUUUGUACAUUGUUAUGAAGAAACAUCCCAUCUUUUCCCCUUCUUGAACAAGGGCAGCUGAAAUGAAACACUGUCUUACUCCAGAUGUUUGCCUUCAAAUCUUGAGACUGUUGUAUCCUAAAAAUACAUGGUUGCUUAUGAAGAUGGGAGAUUAUAUUUCAAAUUGGAAUAAAAAUUGUUCCUCCUCAA